AUAAUGAAAACAAGAAUUCUCAAAUACUUCUCACAGAUUCUGAAGAAGUUAGGAAAGCUACAGAUAACUAUUACAAAGAUCAGUUCAAAGUACGAAAACACUACUUUGAUCAUAUAAAAGAAGAAU